UCAACACUAAACUCAUAUAGACAUUGGGGCUUUAAUUUGAUUCUUAAGAUGAGAGCUGCUCUUGCUUUAUUGCCUCUCUUGCUUUUCAUGUUUGUAGCAAUUGUAGAAUCAAGAAAUGAUCUGCGAGAACAUUGGAAACUAGUCAUGAAAGACCAAGAUAUGCCGGAAGAAAUUCAAGGACUCCUCAACGCCAACACUAAAAGUAAUAUCAUGACCAUGGACCAUUAUUCUAAAGGUUCAAAAUUAGGUUGUGAAGAGCUACUUGUUAAAGACACACUAGUCACUAAUGAGAAUGUGUUUGAAGAGAACAUUGAACCAAGACCCAAUAUUUCGUCAUAUGAGAAUGAUGAAACUAACAUUAAGGAAAACAAGAAAGACACCAAAGAUUUUGAAUCAAGGCCCAACAUUUCAGCUUACGGAGAUAAUGACAUUAAUGCUACGGAAAAGAAUGGAGACACUAAAGAUUUUGAACCUAGACCCAACAUUUCAGCUUAUGGAGACAAUGAGAUUGAUGUUAAAGAAAAGAAGGGAGCCGCUAAAGAUUUUGAACCAAGACCAAACAUUUCAGCUUAUGGAGACAAUGAUAUUGAUGUCAAGGAAAAGAAGGGAUCUGCUAAAGAUUUUGAACCAAGACCAAACAUUUCAGCUUAUGGAGACAAUGACAUAGAUGUGAAUGAAAAGAAGGGAGCUACUAAAGAUUUUGAACCACGACCCAACAUUUCAGCUUAUGGAGACAAUGACAUAGAUGUUAAUGAAAAGAAGGGAGCUACUAAAGAUUCUGAACCACGACCCAACAUUUCAGCUUAUGGAGACAAUGAGAUUGAUGUCAAGGAAAAGAAGGGAUCUGCUAAAGAUUUUGAACCACGACCAAACAUUUCAGCUUAUGGAGACAAUGACAUAUAUGUGAAUGAAAAGAAGGGAGCUACUACUAAAGAUUUUGAACCACGACCCAACAUUUCAGCUUAUGGAGACAAUGACAUAGAUGUUAAUGAAAAGAAGGGAGCUACUAAAGAUUUUGAACCACGACCCAACAUUUCAGCUUAUGGAGACAAUGAGAUUGAUGUUAAGGAAAAGAAGGGAGCCACUAAAGAUUUUGAACCAAGACCAAACAUUUCAGCUUAUGGAGACAAUGACAUAGAUGUGAAUGAAAAGAAGGGAGCUGCUAAAGAUUUUGAACCACGACCCAACAUUUCAGCUUAUGGAGACAAUGACAUAGAUGUUAAUGAAAAGAAGGGAGCUACUAAAGAUUUUGAACCACGACCCAACAUUUCAGCUUAUGGAGACAAUGAGAUUGAUGUUAAGGAAAAGAAGGGAGCCACUAAAGAUUUUGAACCACGACCAAACAUUUCAGCUUAUGGAGACAAUGACAUAGAUGUGAAUGAAAAGAAGGGAGCUGCUAAAGAUUUUGAACCACGACCCAACAUUUCAGCUUAUGGAGACAAUGACAUAGAUGUUAAUGAAAAGAAGGGAGCUACUAAAGAUUUUGAACCACGACCCAACAUUUCAGCUUAUGGAGACAAUGAGAUUGAUGUUAAGGAAAAGAAGGGAGCCACUAAAGAUUUUGAACCACGACCCAACAUUUCGGCUUAUGGAGAUAACGAGAUUGAUGUUAAGGAAAACAAUGGAGCCACUAAAAUUUUUGAACCAAGACCCAACAUUUCAGCUUAUGAUAACAAUGACAUUGACACUAAGGAAAAGGAGAAAGCUGCCAAAGAUUUUGAACCAAGGCCUAAUAUUUCGGGUUAUGGAAACAACGACAUUGAUGCUGAUAAGAAUGAGGAAUUCACAAACGAUUUUGAACCCAAGCCAAGUGUCACUAAAUCUGAUCAUUAAAUGUAAUAAUGAAAUAGAAUGCAACUUCAAUAUGUGAUGUAACAUAUUUAAAUAAGUCGUUGCAGCUUCAUGUUCAAUGAUUAUGUAGUGUGUGUAUGAUGACAUUUUGAAUAAUUGUAUUAUUGUCAA